AUGAUUACUAACCUCAUCUUAUUUACAUUCUGUUGUCACAAUUUUUUCGUACAUUGCGCACUUCCGGUUUUUUUUUUUCUUUCUUUUUUUAUUAUUUCCUUUUUCUUUUUCUUCCUUUUCUUUAUUUCCAUCCUUUUUACUUUCUUUCUUUUUCUCUCUUCUUUUUUCUUUUCCUUUCCCUUUUUAUUUUUUCGUUUCUUUCUUUUCUCUUCUUCUUUUCUUUCCGUCUAUUUUCCUUUUCUUUCUAUUUUCCUUUUUCUUUCUUUCCCUUUUCUUUUUCUUCAUUUUUUCUUUUUUCUUUUCUUUCUUUCUUUCUUUCUUUCUUUCUUUCUUUCUUUCUUUCUUUCUUUCUUUCUUUCUUUCGUACUUUUUUACUUUGUUCUGAUCAUUUUUCUUCCUUUUCUUUUCGCCUUUCACAAACUCUUCCUUUUUAAUAUGCUUUCUUCUCGCCUCCCCAAAUACAUUCUUUUCACUCAUCUACACUUUUAUGUGUGUGUGCGUACGCAUACAGACCUACCUACCUACCUAUCUAUCUAUCCCAGUUUAGUUUAUUCAUAUCUAUCUAUCUAUCUAUCUAUCUAUCUAUGCAUAUUUAUUUAUGAAUGUGUCUAUGCGCAUUGCAACUCUUUCUUUGAAGUCUUCAUCUGUUUCUUUUUUAUGCAAGAGAGGGAUGGGGUUGGGGAAUGCUUUCUCUCUCUCUCUCUCUCUCUUCUUUACCUCAUUGAUUAUAGAAAUAAGGUUUAUCUAAAAUUUCUAUCUUUCUUUUUAGCUAUGGCUACAUCUCUUCCUCCUGAGAUUUCUUGCUUUCUCAUUGUGGCUACAUCUGUCUCAAAGCCAAUCUUUCUCAGUCUGUCCGCAUCUCUGUCAUGCUUUUUCUUUCUUUGUCAAAGUACUGACAUCUAUCUCUCUCUCUCUAAGUCUCUUUUUCUCAAUGUAUUUCAGUGUUACUUUCUCUAUCUUAGCAUCUCUUUGUUUAUCUCUCACAAUGUCUCUUUAUCUGUUGGGCAUGUUUAUCUUUCAGAAACUUUCUUUCUAUCUUUAUUUUAUGUCAGAGUUUCUACAUUACCCAAACUUGCAAUGGCAUGUCCAUGGGCCAGACUAAAUUCAGCUCAUAUAUGCAGUGUAUGGGUAUUUUUCUACAUACCCACAUCAUUACAAAAUGUAAAGUUGAUGUUUAAUGUGGGGAGCAGUUCAAAAACUGCUGAAACUUCCUCAGCAUUUCCUUUUUAG